UACUGAGCGCGCGUGCUGUGCUGAAUACAAUAUUUGGAAUAAAAUGAGUUUAAAAUAUGAAGUGAGAUCCUCGGAGAAGUUGGGAAGAUACCUAGUAGCGGCCAAGGACCUAAAGGCCGGGGAGCGCAUCCUAUCGGACCGUCCGUUCGCGCUGGGCCCGGCCGGCGACGCGUUGGUCUGCCACAACUGCUACCUGCCCCUCAUCAGCAAGUUCCUGACUUGUAAGAUGUGUGCCGUCGUCCCUAUCUGUCCGGGAGAUGGCUGUCCGGAGGAUUUGAUGAAAUGGCACAACCGCGAUGAAUGCGAGUUUUUCCGCGCCCUGAAGCUGUCUAAGGGCCUGCACCCUAUGACCAUGGUGCAGAACGUCAACUCGCUGCUGGCCCUUAGGGCGCUACUGCAGAAGGACGCCAACCCUGAGGGCUGGAAGCUGUUCAUGGAGCUGGAGACGCACCUGGAGAGGCGCAGGGACUCGAGUGUGUGGCAGCUGUAUGAUAACACCGUUAAGUUCAUCCAAUCCCUGGGCACCCUGGACAACGGCCACAACCAGGAGCUGGUUCAGCGGAUCUGCGCCGCUAUCGACGUCAAUAGUUUCGAGGUCCGAGGUCCCGCCAUACCGGCUAUCAACUGCGCUGAGGUCCUUCGUGGCGUAUACCUCCAAGCGGCGCUGCUCGCACACGACUGCGUGGCGAACACGCACGUCGCCGUCACGGACCGACACGAGCUGGUCUGCCACGCCAGUACAGACAUCAAGAAGGGGGAGAUUAUUUAUUACAAUUAUACUGAUCCGCUACAGGGCACAGCUCUAAGACAGCAGCAUUUACAAGUGGGAAAAUAUUUUACGUGUACGUGCAAACGGUGUAAAGACGCCACUGAGUUGGGCACCCACAUGAGCUCAGCCAAAUGCGCCGCCUGCAAGACUGGAUAUGUCACCAAAACUGAAAAGGCCUGGGUGUGCGAGAACUGCGCGAAGGAAUAUGACUCGUCUGAUUUGAGCCAUAAGGUCCAAUGCUGUUCAGACAAGUUAGAUGUUAUAAAUAAAAAGGACGAGAAGGAACUAGAGGAAUACAUAAAAUAUGUCUCUCUUGUGUUGGCCCCAAAUCACUAUUUGCUGUUAGACGCUAAACAGCGACUAGCUGGAGUAUUGAGAGAUGCCAUCAACAGAGAACCGAGACCGACCAAGAAGAUGCUGCGACGUAAAGUGGAUUUGUGCAACGAGAUAUUACCAGUGCUCGAAAUACUUAGCCCGGGAAUUUGUCGCACUAAAGCAAUCACAAUGUACGAGCUGCACGCAGCAAAAGUUCAACUCGCCAAGAAGUUGCUGGACAGCCGGGAGAUAACAGGACCAGUAUACAUGGAGGAACUUUUGGGCGCUGAAAAAUAUUUGAAACGAGCUCUAGAAAUGUUAGUCAUUGAACCCGGAAACUCGCCUGAGGGCGAAUUGUGUGCGAAGGCCCUGGAAGAGUACAGAGCGUUAAAAAAUACCAUCGUAAAAGUUUUGGACAGCUUACACGCUGAGGGAAAGUCUAUUGAUACAUUACAACCUAAAAAAAUAGAAGAGGCCCAGCCAGCUAUUAAUUAGUAUCGUUGAUAUAAAUAUAUGCAUACAAAGUUA